UGGCAUUGUGGUUGCCUAGUAACUAGGGCACGCGCAGCUGAAGCCUUUACCUCCGUGCUGCGGGAGUUUUAAACUCGACAGCGAUUGUAUUCCAACUAAUUUUUUAAAAAAAUUGUUGUUUGUAAUCUUUAAAAUAACACAGGGUUAAUACCACAUCUUUUAAACAGUUUCUUGCACAGAACUAACUUCGGACACGACUGCCGGGCAGCUCCGCAUUUCUCUUCGGCAGGCGACUUCGAGGCCCAUGGCACAUACGCGCAUUUCGAACAAGAUGCCUCCUCACAUCGAGCCGGCCAGGGCACCGAUAGCUUUCGGGAGGCGGGCCAUCCCAAAACUCAACGAAGAGCUGGCCAGUGAGGACUUGGUAACCAGGCAGUGUGCCCUGACUUCUCUGUGCGACCUGGUGCACGACCCGGAGAGGGCAUACGAGACCAUUGAGACAGGAUGUCUGGAAAACUUGAAACGUCUCCUGAGAGAUGAAGACAGCGUUGUUCGCCGCAAAACCACAGAGGUGCUUUACGAGCUGUCGGUGCACAAUGUUGGCAGAGAUGCCUUUCUGCAAAAUGAAGUCAUCCUUUCUCUGGCAGAGUUACUUGAUGAACCAGUAGCUAUCUGUCGUGUGAAUAUGCAUAAGACAUUGGAAAUGCUGUCUGAAUUUACACCAGGUGCAGCUGGGAUUGUUGAUGCUGGCCUUGUUCCUCAGCUGGUUUUGAAGUUGCCAUCAGAGCUGGUGGAAAUUCAGGAGAUCAUUUUGGACACCUUACACUUCUGCCUGAGGGUGAAUGUCUCGCAAGCCCUGGCCAGUGGUGCCAUCAGCAUUCUGAAGGAGAAGCUCUUGCACGACUCUGUCGCCAUUCGCAGCAAGGCAGCCCAAGCAUUAAUGGGGAUCUGUGUUCCUUUGGAGGGCAAAAAUGAGGUGUGUAAGCAGAACAUCAUUCCUAUCCUGGUUCGGCUCCUAAAAGACAAGCACCCAGAGGUGGCAGCCAAAGCUGCAGGCUCUUUGAUGAUUGCCACCAUCACAACACAAGGGAAGUAUGCAGCCUUGAAAGCAACAGCUAUCCCACCAUUGCUGCAGCUGGUUUCCAGUCCUGUUACUGAGGUCAGUCUCAAUGCCAUUAAAGCCAUCACCACGCUGGCAGAAGCCCCCGAGGGCCGCCGGGAGCUGCUGAAGCACGUCACUGUUCUGGAAAGCAAGCAGAAUCACUCCAGCGAGAUCAUCAGAAGGGCAGCAGGCACAGCUGUUCGGGUCAUAACAUGGAAGCCAUAAUUACUUUUAUAUUUUACUAGAGCGCCGUUGGGUUGUUUGGUACUUAAAGUACUUUAGGUCUGUCCUUGUGCUCAUCCUUUUAAUUUGGUAUUUGGUACACUGUAAUGAAUCAAACAUGGGACUCGAACAGGUGCUUGAACAUGUAUCUUCUAUACAACUGCUUGGGAUAAAUAAAGUACUAUCUAUUCUA